AUGGCCGCGCCCACGUCGCGCCCGCUGCCCGCCGGGGUGGUGUUCUCGCCCCGCGGGGUCGGCGUCCUCCCGGGCCUGGAUUUCGCCCCGGCGUCUCUCCGCGUCUCCGCGUACCACCGGCGCGCCGCUCGCCUAGAGGUGAAGGCGUCUGGAAACGUGUUCGGAAACUACUUCCAGGUUGCAACCUAUGGCGAGUCUCAUGGAGGUGGUGUUGGUUGUGUUAUCAGUGGCUGCCCACCUCGAAUUCCGCUCACCGAGGGAGACAUGCAAGUCGAACUCGAUCGAAGACGGCCAGGUCAGAGCAUAAUAACAUCCACGAGAAAGGAGACUGAUACAUGCAAAAUUCUUUCAGGGAUUUCUUCAGGGAUGACCACUGGUACGCCAAUUCAUGUAAUUGUCCCCAAUACAGAUCAAGUAGGCGGUGAUAACAAUGAAAUAGCUAAGAUGUACCGGCCUUCCCAUGCAGACGCAACUUACGACUUCAAAUACGGUGUUAGAUCCGUGCAGGGAGGUGGAAGGUCAUCAGGCAGAGAGACCAUUGGAAGGGUAGCUGCAGGCGCUCUUGCAAAGAAAAUUCUUAAGCUCAAAUGUGGAGUAGAGAUCUUGGCUUUUGUUUUCAAAGUACAUCAAGUUGUGCUUCCAGAAGACGCAGUUGAUUAUGAAACUGUAACUUUGGAAAAGAUCGAGAGCAACAUUGUUAGAUGUCCUGAUCCACAAUAUGCAGAUAAGAUUAUAGCUGCAGUUGACAAAGUACGAGUUCGAGGGGAUUCCGUUGGCGGGGUGGUCACAUGCAUUGCAAGAAAUGUUCCUCGUGGGCUUGGUUGUCCUGUAUUUGGCAAACUCGAAGCUGAACUUUCAGGUGCUAUGCUUUCUAUUCCUGCAAGCAAUGGGUUUGAGAUUGGCAGUGGAUUUGCCGUUACUGACUUCACUGGAAGUGAGCAUAACGAUGAGUUCUAUAUGGAUAAAGCUGGGAAUGUGAGAACACGAACUAAUCGCUCAGGUGGUAUACAGGGAGGGAUAUCGAAUGGUGAAAUCAUACACUUCAAAGUAUCUUUCAAGCCAACACCAUCCAUCGGGAUGAAGCAAAACACCGUGUCAAGGGAGCAUCAGAACGUUGAGUUUUUAGCGAGGGGUCUCCAUGACCCAUGCGUUGCCCCACGAGCUGUUCCUGUGGUGGAAUCCAUGGCCGCGUUGGUCCUCAUGGACCAGCUGAUGGCGCACAUCGCUCAGUGCGAGAUGUUCCCACUGAACAUUGCCCUGCAAGAACCGGUUGGAGUGAAGUACACCAGAACACCUGAGCUGGCAGCAAUUUUACCAUGA